AACACUGAGUGUAGACAUGUCUGCUGCCAGCUGUCUGCUGACUGAAGAUCAGUUUCUGUGCUCCAUCUGUCUGGAUGUGUUCACUGAUCCAGUCGGCACACCAUGUGGACACAACUUCUGUAAAACCUGCAUCACUCAACACUGGGACGUUAAUGUCCAGUGUCAGUGUCCAAACUGUAAAGACGUUUUUAACACCAGACCUGAGCUGCGGGUCAAUACUUUCAUCUCUGAGAUGGCUGCUCAGUUCAGACAGUCAGCUCAACAGAAAGCCAGAAACAGCAGCUCAGAGGAACAAGCUGAUAAACCAGGAGAAGUUCCCUGUGACGUCUGCACUGGAACCAAACUGAAGGCCAUGAAGUCCUGCCUGGUGUGUCUGGACUCCUACUGUGAGACUCACCUGGAGCCUCAUCUGACAAGGUCAGGUCUGAAAAGACAUCAGCUGAUCGACCCUGAGGAGAACCUGGAAGACAGGAUGUGUACGAAGCACAAUAAACUGAUGGAGCUGUUCUGUAAGACCGACCAGAUGUGUGUCUGCAUGCUCUGCACUUAUUCAGACCACAAGACACAUGAUGUUGUUUCUCUGAAAGAAGAAUAUGAAGGAAAGAAGGCUGAGCUGGGGAAGACUGAAGCUGAAAUUCAGCAGAUGAUCCAGAAGAGAAGACUGAAGAUUCAGGAGAUCAAACACUCAGAGGAGCUCAGUGAGGAAGAUGCAGACAGAGAGAUAGCAGAUGGUGUUCAGGUCUUCACCGCUCUGAAGGAGUCUGUUGAGAGAAGCCAGGCCGAGCUCAUCGACACGAUCAAAGAGAAGCAGAGAAAGACAGAGAAACAGGCUGAAGGCUUCAUCAAAGAGCUGGAACAGGAAAUCUGUGAGCUGAAGAAGAGAAUCACUGAGGUGGAGCAGCUCUCACGCUCUGAAGACCACCUCCACCUUCUACAGAGCUUCACGUCCCUUAAAGCUGCUCCACCCACCAAGGACUGGACAGGAGUCAGAGUCAGUCCACCUUCAUAUGAGGGGACUGUGGUGAGAGCUGUGAACCAGCUGGAGGAGACGCUCAGGAAACAGAAGAAGCUGUUUGAGGCCGAGCUGAAGAGAGUCCAGCAGUCUGCAGUGGAUGUGACACUUGAUCCUGAUACAGCAAAUCCUUAUCUCAUCCUGUCUGAUGACGGAAAACAAGUUAAACCUGGUAAUGUAUGGAAGAAUCUCCCAGACAAUAUAGAGAGAUUUAAUUUGUAUUUUAGUGUCUUAGCAAAGCAGAGUUUCUCUUCAGGAAGAUCUUACUACGAGGUUCAGGUUAAAAGGAAGACUAAGUGGUAUUUAGGAGUGGCCAGAGAGUCGAUCAACAGGAAGGGAAAAAUCACUGUGUCUCCUCAGCAUGGUUACUGGACGAUAUGUUUGAGGAAUGCGAAUGAGUAUGAAGCUCGUGUUGACCCUCUAGUCCAUCUCUCUCUGAAGUCUCAGCCUGAGAAGGUGGGGGUGUUGGUGGAUUAUGAGGAGGGUCUGGUCUCCUUUUAUGAUGUUGAUGCUGAAGCUCUUAUCUACUCCUUUACUGGCUGCUGCUUCACUGAGAAACUCUACCCAUUCUUUGAUCCAGGUCUUAAUGAUGGUGGUAAAAACUCUGCCCCUCUGAUCAUCUCUCCUGUCAAUCACACUGAGUAGAACAACCAGUUGAUUUUCUACAGAAGCUCCAUUUUGUUCUAUAAAUGUAGUUUCUUUGAUGUGUCACAUUGCUACUAACAACACAAUCAUUUUACAACACAUAUUAUCUAAUGUAGUCUAAUUCAUUCAAAUAACUGCAUUACUUGCCUUCUGAAUCAUCACAAACAAAUAUCUAAUCAUUUUAUGUAAAAGAAGAUUAUUUUUUUCAUUGAAGCCUCUGAGGGAGCAGAGCAAUGAAACUGGCCUAAAGACCUUAAGAGUCAGAGAAUCAGUUUGGACAAAGAGGAGGAAGAGGAGGUAGAGAGAGAGAGAGAGAGGAUGAUGAUACAGAGAACGGAGAAUCAGAAACAUUAAAUGUCCAGAAGAAAAGAUGGAAGCUAACUGCUCUGGACUGCAGGAAAUUAUUUGUAGUAUAAUUUCUCUCUAAAACCCCCACGGCCGAUGGAGCUGAGCUAAAUAUUUACCGUGAGUGGAACUUCCUGUCUGAGCAAAGAUAAAGUCUGUGUUCAUACAUGAAACAGGUCUGUAAAUUUGCUUAAGCUAAUGCUACAAGAGACUUUAAAUCUCAGUGGGAAACAUGUACGAAUAACGUGAUCAUAACUGGUGUGGAAGUUUAUUUUGGUACAGAACAUAACGUACACGAAGUAUGAUGUGGAAACUCUGAGCAUGGACUCUUCAGUGAAACAUCUUGUGUCCAGCAGUCAAACUUUCAAUUGAAAAAUGUUUGUGUUUUCACCAAAACAUGUCUGGAUUUGAUCUUUAUAAUUUCCUAAUUUUUUAGUUUAUUUUUGUCCCACAAUGUAUAUUUGCUUAGUCACGCUGAAGCCUGUCCCAAACAUCACUAAAUAUUGUCCACCUCUCUGUAGACUGUUUUUGUUGCUUGAAUAAACUGAACAAA